CUGAUAAAACUCCGUUAUAGAAGUGCGUGAGGCAUAGCCAUAGGCCAUGGGAGCUGCUGAAGGCACGGCAAAGAAUGAGAGGAGACAUGUACUCUGAAGAGCAUGUGAAUGCAAUUGGAUGUUAAGGCGGGUUCUGCUUUGGCUCCUGCUGGCGUUCUCUGCCCAUGGCGCCCUCUCCGUCCAAGGAGAGGAUGCCUCGUGGCUCAGUCAGGAAGCCUACGGAGACUUUGAGAGAUACUGUAUCCUCUCAGCGGCGAAGACCCUGCGGCAAAGCUGCACCAACCGGACUCUCCUGACCGUCUUCAACUUGUGCGGAAAUGUGACACACGACGAGCCGGUGCAUGGGCUGCUUGGCCCGCUGCCGCGUGUUGCUGAGUUGCUUGAGCAGCUGCUGCCGGAGCCUGGGCCCGGGCAGCCGCCGGCGGAGUGGUUCUCAAUGGACCGGACCCAGUGGGACGCGCACCAGACGCAGCUGGCGCGCGGCCGCAACUCCACGUUUGACCUGAUCACACUGGACCCGGCCCUGGUGCCGGACCUGGUGGCGUCGGGGGCGCUGCUGGACCUGGAGCCCUUCAUUGCCACCGACGCCUGGGGAGGCACCUGGCCAGGCCUGAUGGCCGCAGUGCGCUGGAGCCUGUCCCGGAACACUAUCAGUACCACCAACGCCUACCAAGCGGCCGACGCGGGCGGCGGCCUGGCGGGGAGCGGCACCAGCAGAGGCGGCGGGGACUCGGUGUACGGCAUACCGCUCGGCACGUCCAUCGUCGCGCUGCACUACCGGCGGGACGUGCUGGCGGCGCACGGGCUGGGCGUGCCCGCCACGUGGGAGCAGCUGGCGGGCGCGGUGGCGGCGGCGCACGGGCGGCCGGACGGCCCGGGCGGCGCGCCGGACCCCGAAUUCUACGGGCUGUGCACGCUGCCCUUUGCGACCUGCCACGCGGACGCGUUCGAGCUGCUUGCGGUGUAUGCCAGCUUCGUGCAGACGCAGGGGUUAGCGCAAGGCGCGUUCUUCGACCCGGCAUCCUUCCAACCGCUGGUGCAGAGCCCCGCCAUGUCGGCCGCGCUGCGCGUGCUGCGCCGCCUUUACGCAUUCGGGCCGCCGCGUGGCCUGGCCAACACCACGGAUCUGGCGGGCAGCUGCAGCUCGCUCAAGGGCACGGCGGAGCGGCUGUACGCGGCCGGGCGCUGCGCGUUCCUCAUCGGGCCGCACCCCAUCCAUAAGGACCACCUGCUGCACGCGCCGUCCGACGCGGUCCGGCAGUUCGGGCGUGUCGCGCACCUGCCCGGCUCCACGCAGGUGUGGGAUCGCGCCUCAGGCCUGCUGCAGUCCUGCACGCCCGCGCUGUGCCCCUACGCAGUCGCCACGCCCGCGCAGCCUUGCGACGUGGCGGCCGCUGCCGCCACGGCUAUCGCCGCCGCCGCUGCGCGGCGGCGCCAGCGGCGCAGCGCGCUGCUCGCCGCCGGCACGGCGGCCGCGGCGCCCGCCAAUGUCUCGUCCCUCGUGCUCACGACCGCCGCCGCCUCCACCGCCUCCACCGCCUCCACCACUUCCACCGCCUCCACCGCCGCCGCCCUGGCGGCUGACCAGGCGCCGUUGGCGGUGGGCGACACGGUGUUUGCCAACGUGGCGCCGCUGAUGGGCCUCAGCCCGCUGGCGGUGGGCGUGGACGCGCUGACCACCCACAGCAUGCAGGCGCACACCCUGGGCUGGCUGGCGCGCAUCACGGACCCGGAGGUGGUGUGGGCGUUCAUGCUGGACCCGGACGUGCCGCUGGGGCCCAUGGCCUACGAGCACGUGGCGCCCUCCAGCAUGCGGCGCUGGGCGGGCGCCGGCUACCCCGCCGCCGCCAUCCAGGACUACCUCACGCUCACCAGCCAGGCGCUCACGCACCCCAACCAGCUGGGCUUCCCCGCGGCGCUGCAGCGCUUCGGCGCCUACCGCGCCACGCUGCACGCCGCCGCCUACAACAUGAGCCUGUACGGCAACGGCGCGUACGGCAACGGCAGCAGCAGUAACAGCGCCAGCGCAGCUGCCACCGGCCGUACGGAGGCUGACAUAAUGGCGGCUAUGGCGGACGCAUUUGCGGCGCAGUUUGGGCCCAACAUACCGGGCUACUCCACGCUGCGGCUGCAGUACCUGGUGUCCAUCGGGCGCUGGGACCUGCUCAACGCGCCCGCGCCGGCGGCGCCGCCGCCGCCCGAGCAAGCGCGCAACCUAGUGGGCCGCAUCACGGUGCCGCGCAGCGUCAAGUACAAGCCGGCCGGCCCGGCGGUGGCGGCGGCGGUCACGAGUGUGGGCGUGGCGGCGCUGGUGACGCUGGCGGCGCUGGGCUACAAGCAGCUGCUGGUGAAGCGCGGCUGGGGCCGGCGGGCGGACCCGGGCGUGGGGCCAGACACCUCGCUGGUGGUCACCGACAUCGAGGCCUCCACAGUGCUGUGGGAGGAGCUGGACGCGCUGGUGAUGGACGUGGCGCUGAAUUUACACCACGACACGCUCCGGCAGGCCAUUGCGCAGCACGGCGGCUACGAGAGCGUCACUGAGGGCGACAGCUUCACGGUGGCCUUCCACGACGCCGACAGCGCGGUGCGGUUCUGCCUGCAGGUCCAGUCCGACCUCAUGGCGCAGCCCUGGCCGCCGGAGGUGCUGCAGCACGACGCCUGCAGGCCUGUCCACGUCAUCACGGCCAAGCAGCUGCGCCACGUGAUGGCCAAGGCCACCGCCAAGGCCGAGGCGGCGGCGCAGCAGGCGCAGGAAGCCGCCGCCGCCGCCGCCGCCGCCGCGGCGGCCGCCUCCGGCUCCCAGAGCGGCGGCAGCGCGCUCAGCCUGGCGACACACGGCGGGGGCGGCAUGGGCGGCGUGUUACGCACCUUCAGCCGCACCGCGCGCCGCCUGGAGAUGUUGAGCGGCCUGUCCGGGAACAUGCGGCGGCAGCUCAGCUUCAUGACGCGCAGCGGCAGCCAUUACCUGCACCUGGACAGCGCAGCGCUGGCGCCGGCGGCGGCGUCGCCGGCGCCCAGCCAGUCCGGGCUGCUGACUUCGGCGUCGCUCAGCCUGCGCGUAGGUAGCCCAAGGGCUGCGGCGCUGGCCGGCGCCGUCGGCCCGGUAUCUGGCGCCGCUAGCGCGCGACUGCUGGCAGCAGCCGCCGCCACCAACGCCCAGGCCGGCAGCGGGGGUAUUCCCGUGCCCGGCGGCGGCGGCGGCGGCAGUGGCAGCGUCGUGGGCGGCGCGCAACGGCACCCAUUGGCGUCGAGCAGCGUGCGCGGCCUGGCGCGCGUCAGCGGCGGGGCCGAGCAAGAGUCGGUGGAGGGACUGGCGGUGGGUGCGCUGGGCGCGGCGCACGGCGAUGGCGGCGGCGGCAGUGCCGGCGUCACGGCCGCCAGGCCGCCGUCGCUGCCAGUGUCCCGCACGGGCGUGCCGAUGGCGGUGACGGCGUCGGCGCGCACGCUGCUAGGGUCGGCCUCGGCGGCGGCUGCGGCGGGCGGCGCCGCGCCCUCACUGCCAUCCGUACUGGCGGGGGCGGGGGCGGGGGCGGAGGCGAAGUCAUGUGGCAGCGCAGCCAGCGGCUUUGUCGGCGGCGGGACCCUGGGGCUGGCGCCGGGUGAGGUGCUUGUGAGGGAGUUGGGGUUGGCGCACGUGGAUGGCGCAGGCUCCGCACGCGUCACGCCGCUCGCCACGGCGGCGCCACGGCGGGGCACCACGCUGGACGGCGGAGCUGGCAGCUUCGGCAGUGGUGGCGGCGGCGGCAUGUUGCAACGGCCCAAGUCUCUCACACAGGCGCGCGCAAUGCAGGGGUCCUGGCAAACGGGUGGUGCGGGUGGUGCGGCGCUUGGCAGCGCCGGAGGCGAUGCCGAUGCGCUUAUGCUGCAAGGGCUCGCCGCCGGCGCCGCAGCCACGCACCCAUCUCCAGCCGCCGCCGUCGCCUCGGCUCCGGCAGUGUCGGCUGGCGGCGUCCGGGGGGCGGCGCAGCCGCGUGCGCCGUCCAGCGCCCUGACAGCCACGCUGGGGCAGCUGCCGCAGUCCGCCGCUGCCGUGGGGCAGCUGACGGCGCUGCCGGAGGAAUCACCGCCGCAGUCAGCGGCGCUGAUGCGCAUGCGCCGCACGCGCAGCUCAAACGCCAUGACCGCCCCUGCGCCAGGCAUGGGGGCGGCGGCGGCGGCGACCUCACACCACACCGACGGCGAGGGCGAGGGCGAAGGCGGCAGCGCAGGCAACAACGCGCGGGAGAGCUCCACCGGCGGCGGCGGGUUGGCUGGCGACGUGCUGUUGGUGCACCUCACCGCAGCUGCCCAGCAGCAGCAGGGCGGGGGCCAGCGUCCGGCCUCCGCUGCUGCGGGAGUGCAGGCUGCGCCUCGGCGCGUGCUGGACCACCUGACAGCACUAGGCGGUCCUGCGGCGACGGCAGCCGCAGCCGCAGCCGCAGGGGCGGGGCCAGCGCCCUCGCUGCGGCUGCUGGCCCACUCGUUCCAUGUCGGGACGCUCCAUCCCGACGCCACGGCCGCGCCCGCGCCGGCGCCGGCGCCGCUGCUGCGGCCCGCCAGCGACCGGCAUGCCCUGGACGCCGCGCGCAGGCGCGCCGCGGCCUUGUCGGGCUCCGACGCGGCACCAGCCAUCGGCGGCCACAUCAACUCGGUCGUGCCGCUGUCGCCUGGCGCCGCUGCGGCGGCCCUGGACACGACGAUACUCACCGCGGCGGCAGCGCCCGCGGGCGAGAGCACCGGUGGCAGCGGAGGCGGAGGCGCAGGUCUGGCGCCGGCGACGUGGACCGAGCGGCUGUUGACGUCCGGCUUCAUGCGCCGCCUGCACCGCGGCCUCCACAACACCGCCAGCGGCGGCCGCACGCGGCCCUUGUCGGUGGGCGCGGCCGCCGCCAGUGACGGCAGCGGCGGGAUGACGGAGGGCGGCGGCGCGAACGAUGCGGCCGGCGCUGCGGCCUCCCCGUCGGCCGAGGCGUGGGAUGCGGACGCGGCGGGGCUGGCUGAGGAGGCGGACCCGUUGGCUUCGCGCGGGGGUGAGGAGCCCAGCAGCGACAGCCGCUCACAGUCGUCCACCACCGGCACCAGCAUCCUCUCCUACGGCACCUCGCUGCAGAGCGCGCUGAUGCUGGCGCACAGCCGCCGCACGGCGGCAGCCGCCGCCGGCGGCGGCGGCGGCCGCAAGCGGCGCGGCGGCGCCGCCGUCUCCGCCACCGCCGCGGGCCGCGGCUCGGCUAAGAAGCUGUUUGCGUCGCCGACGACGUACGGCGCCGAGCUCAAGGCCAAGUGGGUGGAACUGCCGCCGGGCCUGCGCGCGGAGAGCAGCCGCAGCGCGGUGCUGGUGUUUCGGGGCUUCAGGGUGCGCUGCGGCAUCCACAGCGGUGUGGAGGAGGAGGCGGAGGUGAACCGGUCCCACCCCUCGGGCCGCACUCGCUACAGCGGACCCACCCUGCUGUGCGCCAAGGCCGUGUCCGACGCCGCGCACGGCGGCAUGGUGUUCGCCUCGCGGCACGCGGUGCGCCGAUGCGACAAGGACCUGCUGGCGGGCGGCGGCGUCGUGCUGUGGCGCCUGGGGGACUUCUUGCUGGGGUCGCCCAAGCUGCCCGCCACGCUGUACCAGCUGCACAGCACGGCUCUGGUGCUGCGGGCGGCGUUGCAGCGGCCGCUCACCCGCACCUUCAUGCCGCUGGGCUUAGGCCUGCUGGACGCGCCGCUGGUGAUGGUGGGCGUGGGCCUGGUGCGCAUCUCCUCGCUGUGGCUGCUGCGGGGCGCCGACCCGCGCGUCAGCCUGGAGGCGGCAUGCGUGUUCCAGGCGCUGUGCUACCAGUACGCGCGCCACCACCGCGGCUAUCUGGCUCAGCUGGGGGCCGGCCGCGCCAUGGCGGUCUUCCCCAACGCCUACCUGGCGGCGCUGUGGGCCGCCGCCGUGCACGCCCACAUGAUGCGGCACGCCUGGAGCUCGCGCCUGCUGGCCACGCCCACCUGCGAGCCGCACUGCCUGCCGCCGUCCGCGGCCGCCGUCAACGGCGGGGGCGGCGGCGGCGGCGGAGCUGGAGGCGGCACUGGUGGCGGGGGCCGAGGCAGCAGCAACGGAGGAGGAGGAGGAGGAGGAGGAGGAGGAGGAGGAGGAGGAGGAGGCGGGGGGGCUGGGGGCGAGGUGCCGAUGCCGGUGCUGGUGGCGCGCGGGCCGCGUGUGAAGGGCGUGGUGCACUGGGGCGCCUCCGCCGCCAUCCUCAACAGCCUGACUGGAGUGCUGUCGUACGAGGGGCCAGUGGUGGACGAGCUGAUGCGACUGCUUGGCGGCCUCGUGCCCAACACAGUGGUAUGCACGCAGGAGGCAGCCGCCUCGCUACGCCGCUACUACCCGCCCGGGUACGCAGGCCCGGCAGGCAGCACCAACGCGCCCGGCGGCUCGGAAACCGCCGCCGCCGCCGGCGGCGGCAGCGCCGGCCCCACGCCGCCGGGCACGUCUGGGCAGCAGCCGCAGCUGCUCAUGACGGGCGGUGGCGGGCGGCGGACCACGGGCACUAGCGGCGGCAUGGGCGACGUGACGGGAGACGCGGUGAUGGUGGUGGGCAGCAGCAGCGGCGCCGCCGUCAGCAGCGGUUGGGCGCCCCACGGCGAGCGCGGCAGCGGCACCGGCUUCGACGGCGCCGGCCACGGCAGCGGCAGCGCGCUGCGCGACUCCACGGCGGCACUGCGUGCGCAUCUGCAUGCAAACUACCACCUCCCCGCGCCCGCGCUCAGCCCCAGCGCCCGCUUCCUGCCGGCGCCGCAGCACCCCGCGCCCGCGCCCGCACGCGGUUCCGGGUCCGGACUCGGUCUGACUGCGCAGUCGCCGUCGCAAUCGCAGUCUCUGGGGCAGCCCGGGCUCAGGGGCAGCUCGGGCGUGGCCUCUGGUGGGCUGGCCGCGGCAGCGGCGGCGGCCGGCCGCGCGCAGCAGCUGCUCCCACGGUCCUCGCUGGACCUGCUGUCAAGCUCUCGCGCUGAGCCGAUGACGUACCAGCAGCACCACCAGCAGCAGCAGCAUCCGCUGGCGGCGGCGCAGCUGCGUUCACAGACGUACGUGAGGCUGCCGCCCGCAAAUGCGCCGGCCGCCGCCAGCAUGCGCGCGCCCGCGUUCCUGGCGCCCGCCAGCGGCCCUGCCAGCGGCGGCGCCGCCGCCGCUCCCGCGACGGCGCUGGGCUUAGCGUCAGCGCCGAGGCAGGGGCUGUCAGCGGGGCCGUCCACGCCGCCGCUGCGCUCCCCCUCGCCGGCUCCGCAAGCGGCGGCGCGCCCGCAGCGCCCGGCCAGUGCCGCGGGCCCGCUGUAUGCCCUGCACCCUCUGCCCGGCGAUGGCGACGACGGCGGUGAUGCUGGCGGGGGCGGAGGCGGAGGCGGCGAAGGCGAAGUCAGAUCGACAUCACCGCUCACGGCGGCGGCGGCGAUGGCGAGGCAGCCGUACAGCAGCCGCAGGACGGAGGCGGCCGUGGCGUCUGCGGGCCGGGCGGGCGCGGAGGCAAGAGGCCAGGACGCGGCGGGCGGCGGCGCGGCUCCCGGCGCCAGCAAGGGCGGUGCCGGCGGCGGCGCCGCGCCGCUCAGGCCCGCCAGCGGCGGCGGCUCGCUGCUGCUGCUCCUGGACAACGACGACGUGCAGGGCGGCGCCGCCGCCGGCGCCGGCGGCGCGGCGGCGCACGGCCCAAGCGCCGGCGCUGCGGACCGCGCCAGCCCCGCGCCCGGGCUGCUGUCGUCCGUGCUGGGCGCUGACUCCUACCUCUACACGAGCGCCGCCACAAGGUCGGCGCUGAACGCCGCCGGCGCUCACGCGAUGCAGCCGUCAUAUGCGGCCGCACACGGCGGCGGCGGCGGCGGCGGCGGCAGCGGGUUCUUCGCGAUGCCGCUGCCGUCGCAGCCGUCGGUUGGCGGCGGCGGCGGCGGCGGCGGCGGCGGCGCGAUCCGGCUGCUGGGCUGGAUGGACUCCCAGGCGCCAGCGUCCAAGUCCGCAGGGGAGGACCAGGAGGGACCGCUGCAUGCGGGCCAGGAGCAGGGGCAGGAGCAGGGGCAGGGCCAGGGGCAGGGUCGCGGGGACGGCGCAGGUGGCCCUGACAAUGUGGAGGAGCACGGAACCGGCGCGGGGGGUAUGCAGGUCGCGGCUGUGGAUGUGGGCGCGGUGGUCGCCGGCGAGGCCGCGACAGCGCAGGUGUCACGGGAGGGCGGCACCGGCAGCAGCCAGUACGGUGUGGUCAGGGUGGACGGCGACUCCGAUGAGCAGACUGCCGCGGCAGUGGCAGCGGCGGCGGCGGCGGCGUAUGGGGCCAGCAGUGAGCUGGGCAGCUGGCAGCAGCAGCUGGCGCGCCUUGCGCUGCAGCAGCACCAGCAACAGCAACAACAACAGCAGCAGCAGGGUUUCCGGCUCUCAGGCCUCAGGCACGGGUUGUCGCGUUCCACGGCCUCCUUCACCUACGGACAGAGCGGCCUCGGCAAGGGGCGGCCACGGCUGCAGGACCUGCUCGCGGUUAGCGUUUACGCGGGCAUGGGUGGCGACAGCGGCAACGGUGCCAAUAGAGCUGCCGCUGGCGGUGGCGCCAGCGUCUUUGGUAGCUUCGGCGAGGGCGCGGCACUAGCGACAAGCAGCGACCAGGAUCCAGUGGCAGCCGCCGCAGCGUCUGCUGGUGCGGUGAGGCAGCAGCAGUCGGCGGGGCAAGGGGCAGCUGAGCCGCAAGAUUCGCCAGCUGUGGCCGAGGCUCGGGCGGCUGGGUACAGGAUUACAGACGGCGGCAGCAGCGAUGAGGAUGACGGCCCUGGCGCCGACGCCGCAGUGACACGGACGCCGGCGACGGGCCGGGCGGCGGCGACCACGUUCGCCGCAUCUCCGGGCGGCAGCGGCGCACGGCCGCCGCUGCCGUCACAGGCCCGCCCGAGCGCCCAGACGCAUACGCCACACUACCUGCUGCCGCCGGCCUCGUCACCGGACCGCGCCGCGGGCGUAGCUGCCGCUGCAGGUGCAGGCGCGGGCGCCAGCGGCUUCGUCGACAAAGGCAGCCUGCUCCGCGGCCCUAGCCGCCUCACGCGCUCCUUCACCUGCACCACCUACCGCCGCUCCCCGCUGGCCGUCGCCUCCUCCGCCGCCGACCCGCGCCAGCUCGGACCGGCGGGCACCGACACCAACGCUCAUGGCGGCGCCGGCGCCGGCGCCGGCGCUAUGCCCUCCAGGGGUGCCGGCGGCGGUCUGCCUUCAGCGGGCAUGCGCGCCGGCUCAGAGAAGGGCCACCAGUACGUGGCCGCCGCGAUGCGCCGUGGCGGCACAGGGCUGUGGCAGGUGUCAUAUGCCGCUGCCGCCGGCUCCGCCGCCGCCACCGCCGCCGCUACCACCGCGGACGGCGAGGACACCGUGGCCACUGCCACCGGGCCGCCGCCACCCGGGCAGCAGCCCGGCACUGCCGCUCACCCGCACUGGGCCGCGAGGAUGGGUCAGCGCCCCGGGCCCUUCAGUGGCGCCGGCGGCGCCGCCGCCGGCGACGGCAACAGCGUCGGCGGCGCCGCCGGCACGUGUGACAGCCGGGAGCUGUUCCGCGGCAAUACGGCGCAGUCGCUGGCCACCAGCAUCUCGUUUACGUCGGGCACUCAGCAGCGACGAGGCUCGGGCGGCACCGCGGGCGCGCUGCUGGGGGCCGCCGACGCCGCCGGCCUGCCGUCGCCGCGCAGCCCGCGCGGCCUGCCCCGCGCCAGCGGCGCGGCCGCGGGUGGCGUCGGCGCCAGUGAGAUUGUGAGUGGAGUAAACACCACCACCGGUAGCCGAGGGCACAGCGGCGGAGUUGCACCCCGCAGCGGCGCCGGCGAUGCCGGCGGGCCCGUGGCAGCGGCGGCAGCGCCGCCGCCGAUCCCGGUACCGCGCCGCCAGGGUCACGUGACGCGGCUGCCGCAUGGCUCCGCGGCAGCGGCGCCGGUGCCGCGGCAGGCCACCAGCACCAGCAGCCCUCUGGGAGUCGGCUCCCUGGCGGCCGCCACCGCCGGCGGCCGCGUGAGCGGCGGCGGAGGAGGCGGUGCCGGUGCCGGCACUGUGCCUAGCGGCGCAGGUGGCGGCACUGGUGCUCUGGGCGCGGCUUGGCAUGCGACUGGCGCCAGCCCCCAGACCUCGGACUCGCUUCCCGCGUCCCGCCUACUGGAGGAGCAGCCGUCACCGCCGUCGGCGCUGGGCUUUGGCGAUGGCGGCGCCCCCACCUCCGCCACCGACAGCCGCACCGGCGCGCCGCCGCCGGCGCCCGCCAGCACCGGCCUGCUCACGCGGCUGCGCCUGGGCCUGACGAACACGUUGUCUCGGCCGCGGUCGCGCAACGUGGACCCACACCUGGCGGCGGCGCUGGCGGGCAGCAGCGGCGCCGCCUCCUCGGUCGGCACCGCCGCCGCCGCAGAGCAGCGGCUCAGCUCCAACGACCUGCGCGCCUCGGCAAUCGGGUCCGGCUCCGCCGCGGCGGCGGUGGCGGCAGCAGCAGCGGCGGUGCUGGGGCAUAGCCUGGGCAGCACGCACGCGCCACCGCUGCCGACGCUCAGCACCGCCAGUGUUGGCAGCGCUGGGACCGCGCCGUCGCUGCGGGGCGGGUGGGGCGGUGGGCUGAUGCCGGUAGCCGGCGAGAAGCUGCCGACGCUGCCGGAGGCCGGAGGCCCCUCCCAGCCGCACAUGCUGCAGGCGUUUGUGCACCUGCAGCUGCGGCUGGUGCCCAUGCGCCUCAACGGCGGUAACGGCGGCGGCGGCGGUGGCGGCGGCGGUGGCGGCGGCGGUGGCGGCGGCGGUGGCGGCGGCGGUGGCGGCGGCGGCGGCGGCGGGGCGACGGGGAGCGCCAUGGGCGGCAGUGCCGCCGGCGCCGCCAGCAACAAGAACAGCAGGAAGGCAUUGGGAAGCGGCACCGCCACCGUCGCAAGCGUUACGGCCCUGGCUGCAAAGGGGAUGGAGUCGGGUACAGGUCAGCCGGAGGCUUUGGCAGCGGCGGAGGCCGCAACCGGCACGGGUGACCCGAGCCUACUGUUGCAGUCCGGUCUGUUGGAGCGGGCGCCGUCGUCCCUGGCGCGGCGGCCGUCCAUGCGGCAGUUGAUGCAGUCGCAGCAGGUGCAACAGCUGCAGCAGCUGCUGCAGCAGCAGCAGCAACAGAUGCAGCAAGGCGCGGCAGCGGCGGCGGCGAUGGCGGCGGCGGCGCACGCGCGCAGCCGCCAGGGCUUGACACAGCAGCUGUCCAGCCGGUCGUCACUGAAGCACGUGUACCGCAUAGAGCUGCUCAGCGGCGGCGGCGGCGGCGGCGGCGCGGGCCAGCCACAGCGGCAGGCUUCGGAGCGGCGCUUCAGCACCCAGCGCGGCCUCGGCUCCGACCGCUUCCCGCCCGUGCCACUCAUGUCCCCGCAGCUCCAGCAGCUCCAGCAGCAGCAGCAGCAGCAGCAGCAGCAGGCGGCAGCGGCGCCGGCAACCUCCUCGGCUGAGAUCCCGCGAGCCAUGGGCAGCGGGCCCGCCGCAGCCGGAUCCGCAGCAGCAGCCCUUGGCAGCGCGCCACUGCCGCCGCUGCGGGUGCAGCCACAGCCGGGCUCCAGCCUGCUGCUGCCGCUGCCCGGCACGGCCGGUGACACCGCCGGCGCCACCGCCACCACCGGCCCCGCCUCGUGCGCCCUGUUGGGGCACAGCAGCAGCACGGGCAUCGACGUCAGCGUCGUGGGCACCGACCUGUCGGCCGCCGGCCACGGCUCACUCCGUGAUGUCGCGCCGCAGCUGCCGCCGCAGUCGCUGCAGGGCCUGCUGCAACUGCAGCCGCAGCCACCGCCGCAGCCACUGUUGGACCCGGUGGCGGAGGCGCUGGGGCCCAUAGCCAGCGCCCGCCCCCACAUCGGGCCGCCGCCGCUGGGGCCGCCGCCGCCGCCGUCAGGUGUGUCGUCGUUGGUGCUGACGACGGAGCAGCUGACGGCAACGGCAACCAUGGCGCAGACCUUGACUCGGACGUCACCGCUGCCGAAGGCCGCCUCCCUGCGCAUCGGGCAGCUGCCGCCGCCGCCGCCCGUCGCGCUGCCGCAGAGCGCCGGCGGCAGCGCCGCCGUCUCCAGCGCGCUGUCGCCGCUGCCGCCGGCCGCAGCUGAUGAGGAUGACGGCCUGGUGUUUGAGUACUUGUCGGGCUUUGCGGAGCUGUCGGAUCCGGACCUUGCGGAGCUGUGGAUGACGCGGCUGGACCGCUGCCUGCUGCAGGACCGCCGGCACGCAAACAUUCUGGAGCUUCGUGCCAUGCUGGAGGAGUUGGAGGCGCAUGCGCAGGUGUUCGACCGGGAUGCGUUCCUGUUCUAGCUGCCCUGGUUCGGGCCGCGGGGCCGGCGGCCAGGAAAGGGGCGGGCGGUGCCAGGUCUAAAUGGCGUGCACGGCCUACUCCUGUGGCGGAAACAGACACGCGACAAUUGAAGUGGUUUGGGUUGAAAUUUCUGUUGAGGGUGGGGAGCAUUUUGAGCAGGAAGGGCGGGGAGUGCGUUGCCCGGUGACCUUCAUGAUCACACGCUUGUGUUUCUGGUGAAGGAGUCGCCGUCCAUGAUUGACGGGCGGGGCUGCUUGCGAGCGGGUGCACGACUGGGGUACUUUCUUCAGUACCGCGAGCACAACACUAUGGCGACAUGCAUGCGCGCAGCACGAGCACUGCAAGCAGGCUCCGUUGAACUUUUAUGGGUCACCCUGGGCCCGAAGCUGCAUGCCUGUGGAUGAAACAAAGGCGCGCACUGAUAAUCGCAUCGCUUGCAUUGACAGCGUCCGUGCUGGUGGCCAUAUACGCAAUGGGCCGCUGGUGUGUGCACACGCGGCGGUGGGGCGCGCAGGCGUUCUUGUGUGGGUCAGCUGCUGCUGCGGUACGGACACACCGCAUUGCACGGUACUGUUCCGGAUUAACUUGUCGGACUGCUGGUUUAAUUGCCAGAUGAAGUAGGAUAUGGCAGCUUCCGGACCCAUAAGGGAAUGGCCGCGCCACUGGACUGUGUGCGUGCGUAUGUGAGCGUGAGCGGGCGAUGUUUAAAAUUCCGUGCUCAUGAGGAUGCGACAUUCAUAAAAAGAGCCAGUCCGGUGAGUCAUCGUCUCCUCAUACGAAGGCUGCUGUCUGGUUCCCAAAAAAUGGGGAGGUGCAGAAUCAACCUGCCCAGAACUUGAAACCCAAAAGUUUCUCUUGUUCCUUUUCCAUUGAGCUCAAUCUUUUUUGCACCGGACACGAGGUUGGCGGCCGUUACCGGCGUGUUGUCACGUCGUUAUGCGGGCAUUGCAUUUCACCGGCAGAGCAGGAAUGAGCUGCUGCACAUACCGUAGGCGAGAUCGGCGCACGAUCGUCUUGUUAAGGCAAUGGUGGGGGGGUUGCAAGGAUUGGUACAGAGAAGUGUAGCGAAGUAGACAGCAGGUGUGGUGUUGUGCGUACCGAUGACCGACGGCGUCCAUAGGUCCAGCGCCAGAGCUCGCCGUGGCGUCCCGUUUUGUGUUGGCUAUACCUAAUUCUAGAAGUAGUGCUCAGGGAAAGGUUUAUAAGCGCGUGUGCGCAUAGUAAGCUGCUAAAACGUCGGUGUUCGUGGUUUGUCCAAAGAAAUCUCGUGCGUUGGGGGGGGGGGAUGUGUAAGGCCUCUGUGGUUGGCAAGCGUGUCCCUUCCCCCUUGCGUUGGCGUGUCUGCUGCUGCGGUUGAUACUGCGGAUGACCCUGGCAGUGAUGGGAGAGGGCGCGUGUGUGGCGGGGGCACGCAGGAGAAUGGCGCUGUAGAUGACGGAGGCUGCGUGCGUGUGUUGUGAGAAGGGGUGGUGGCGGCGGCGGCCCUGGGCCCGGUGGCAGUGGCCCUGGGCCCAGCAGUUGCGGCGUGUAUGUGUGUAGCGGAGGGGGCGAGCAAGGCCGCGUGGAGGAGGAUAGCGCGGCGUCACCCAAGAAGCGGCGCCGGCGCGCAGGUUGAGGCCGGCAGGUGUCUGGUUAGCGGUAUUUUCUGGCAAGCAUAGCUCAGCAUAGCACAGCACAGCAUGUGGUAGUCCGCAGCAGUGAGGACUGUUGUGGCUAGAGGAUUUCCUGCUCAUUGUGCCGCGGCGUGUACCGGCAAGACGCCGGCAACGCUGGAGGGGGCCGGCAACGCUGGGCUAGUGGUUUGGAGACUACACAUACGGCAGCCCCGCCGGGGCUGACGGCACCAGCAACAACACCCUCAGUGCGGCCAUGGACGCGGCCCUGUAAGCUGGCAACAUC